AUGUCUCGGUACCCCAGACGCCAAGCAGAACUGGGAAGCAGAAGUUAUUGUCUCCGCGACCGCAAAGCAUUUUUCUGCGACGUUCCACCCGACUACGUGCUCAAACGACCGCAGCCUUCUGCAACGCGUUCCCCCGGGAAGCUGAGCAUUAUGGGGCAGUGGAGGGACGGCCCUUCCUGCUUUGGGGUCGCAGGUCCCAACCGCAGGCAGCCCUGGAGAGGGAGGAGAGGUGCGGAUCAGCUGCACGCCUGCUCCACUCGUUUGAUGUCCCACGAGGCCGGAACGUCGCAGGAGGAGGAAGAGGGGGAGAAGGAGAGGGGAGGGGGGGGUGAUGUAAGAAGCAGAGAGGAGGGGAGGGAUGCCAAAGUGCAGGGUGCAAAUGCAAGACAACAGUGA